AUGACAACGUACGUGAAGCUGGUCAAGGGCGCCACCAAGAUCAAGAUGGCGCCCCCGAAGGCCAAGUACGUUGACCCCAUCCUGCUAGGCACCGCCGACCCACAUGAGUUCCGUGAGAUCAUGAACGCGCUGGACGCCAGAGUCCAAGACACCGCCUGGACCAUUGUGUACAAGAGCCUGAUCGUGGUGCACCUGAUGAUACGCGAGGGCGAGCCUCUCGUCACCAUCAAGUACCUCUCCAAGAACCAGGACUUUUUCAGCCUGAAAGACAUCUUCCACUCGAAGCUCUCGUCCGGCGACCUGCAGGCACUCCGCCGCUACCGGGACUACCUGAGGACCCGCUGCGUGGAGUACGCGAACACCGGCAAGGACUACGUGCGCGAAAACAACUCGAGUCUAACGACGUCUGCGGCCAGCGAUCCCAAGCUGUCCCUCAGCCACGUUGAGUCGCUGGAGGCGCAGAUAUCCGCGCUUAUCAAGAACAGGUACUCCCAGUACGAUCUCGGCAACGACCUGCUGCUCACCGCAUUUCGCCUGCUGGUGCAGGACCUGCUUGUGCUGUACAACUCCCUGAAUGAGGGCAUAAUUACGCUUUUGGAGAGCUUUUUCGAACUCACGCACCAGGACGCGGAGCGCACGCUCAAACUCUACAAGCGCUUCGUGGAGCUAACAGAAAGCGUUGUCAAGUACCUGAAGACAGGCAAGGCUGUUGGGCUCAAGAUCCCCGUUAUCAAGCACAUCACAACGAAGCUAAUUCGCUCGCUCGAGGAGCACUUGAAGGACGACAACAACAACCAUGGGCAGAACUUUUCGAGCAGCGACUCGAAGACCCCCGCCCAACGGGAAUUGGAGCAGAUUCGCGAGCAAAAAAGACAGCUGGAGGAGCAAAUGAAAACUCAGCAGCAAAUGAUUAUAUCGCCCACCAUUCCUCAACAACAGACGGGUUACAACCCUUUUGCCGAGGGAUUCUCCUUCGAGCAACCUGCCGCAGCACAGCCCAUCGCAACGCAGCCCACCAGCAACCCGUUCAUGGCGCAGGCACAGGUGCCGCAGCAUACUGCUCAGCCCCUGCAGUAUCAACAGACUCAGCAGGCCGUGCAGCCGCUUCAGUAUCAACAGACUCAGCAGACCGUGCAGCCGCUUCAGUACCAACAAACGCAGCAGACGCCAGCCGUGGGGCAACUCCAGCAAGUCUCGACGACAGGUCAAUUUCAGCAAACGCCCAUGGCCGGUCAGUUCCAAGCUGCCCAGCAUAUGGCCCAACAGGCUCCCCAGCAGGUACCUCAGCAAAUGUCUCAGCAGAUGCCCCAAGCAGACCAAUAUCAGCAGGCGCAGAUGCAGCAGCAGACACAAGUGCCCCAGCAGACGCCACAGGCGUUCCAAUACCAACAUACUCAGGGUCCUCAACAGGCAUCCCCGGGCGAGCACUUCCAGCCUUUCCAAUCCCUGAACCCGCAGACUGCGCAGCCCUCGCCCCAGCUGCAGUCUGCGUCCACUGGCUUUUUCAGCUCCAACACUCAAGUUACUCCCAGUUUUACGGGCGCAGGGUUCGGUGGCUACUACUCGCCUGACACGGGUGCGGGUGCGGCUUCUGGUCCAGGUCCUGCCCCGGCACCGGUGCAAACCGCUAUGCCGACUGGCUCAAACAAUCCUUUUUCGAUGGAAAACAUUGCAAGAUCGAAAGACGAACGCGAGCGUGUCAAUCCGUUCUCACAAACUAAUCAGAGCCCAGCUCUUAAUUCAUCGGCCGCCGCCAAUCCGUUCGACAAGCCUAUGCAGAACCACCACACCUUCGGAGGCCUAGAAAACAUGCCCACUGUCUCAGUCUUCCCCCAGACUCGGUCCCAGACAACUCAGCUGCAACAGGCGCAGAUACAGCCCCAGCACACCCAGCUCCAAUUCCAACAGCCCCAGCAGGCUUAUGGUCAUCCUCAGCAAUCGUCCCUGAACCCGUAUACUCAGGCUCAACAGAAUCUACAGCAGCAACAGCAGCAGCAGCAGCAGUACGGCAACCUUCAAUACUCUCGUCCAGGUGAAGGCCCUAACCUCAUCGACAUCUGA